AGACUGAGGCUGGCUGGCUGGAGGGUGACACAGGAGCGCUCAGGGGUGCAGCAUCACAAGAGGGCAGAUCGAAAGCAUUGUCCUCGCUGAGAAACAGAUGGCAGAGGUGGAAGCGGUACAGCUGAAGGAGGAAGGGAACCGGCAUUUCCAGCUCCAGGACUACAAGGCCGCCAUAAAGAGCUACAGCCAGGCCCUGAAGCUGACCAAGGACAAGGCCCUGCUGGCCACGCUUUAUCGGAACCGGGCAGCCUGUGGCCUGAAAACGGAGAGCUACGUCCAGGCAGCUUCAGAUGCCUCCAGAGCCAUCGACAUCAACUCCUCGGACAUCAAGGCUCUGUAUCGGCGAUGCCAGGCACUGGAGCACUUGGGGAAGCUGGACCAGGCCUUCAAGGACGUGCAGCGUUGUGCCACCCUCGAGCCACGGAACCAGAACUUCCAGGAGACGCUGAGGAGACUCAACACCAGCAUUCAGGAGAAGCUCCGAGUGCAGUUCUCCACAGACUCGAGGGUACAGAAGAUGUUUGAGAUCCUCUUGGACGAAAACAGUGAGGCUGAUAAGCAGGAAAAGGCUGCCAACAAUCUCAUUGUCCUAGGCCGUGAGGAAGCAGGGGCUGAGAAGAUCUUCCAGAACAAUGGAGUAGCCUUGCUACUGCAGCUUCUGGACACUAAGAAGCCUGAGCUGGUGCUGGCUGCAGUGCGGACCCUGUCGGGCAUGUGCAGUGGCCACCGAGCCAGGGCCACAGUAAUUCUGCAUGCAAUGAGGAUAGACCGAAUCUGUAGCCUCAUGGCCGUGGAGAAUGAGGAGAUGUCUCUGGCUGUCUGCAACCUGCUCCAAGCCAUCAUUGACUCCCUGUCUGGGGAGGACAAGCGGGAGCAUCGAGGGAAGGAGGAGGCCCUGGUUCUAGACACCAAGAAGGACCUGAAGCAGAUCACCAGCCACCUGCUGGACAUGCUAGUCAGCAAGAAGGUGUCUGGCCAGGGCAGGGAUCAGGCGCUGAACCUGCUCAAUAAGAAUGUCCCCAGGAAGGACCUUGCCAUUCACGACAACUCACGUACCAUCUAUGUGGUGGAUAACGGUCUGAGGAAGAUCCUGAAGGUCGUGGGGCAGGUUCCAGAUCUGCCGUCCUGCCUGCCCCUGACUGACAACACCCGCAUGCUGGCCUCUAUCCUAAUCAACAAGCUCUAUGAUGACCUGCGCUGUGACCCAGAGCGUGAUCAUUUCCGCAAGAUCUGCGAGGAAUACAUCACGGGCAAGUUUGACCCCCAGGACAUGGACAAGAACUUGAAUGCCAUCCAGACGGUGUCAGGGAUCCUGCAGGGCCCCUUUGACCUGGGCAACCAGCUGCUGGGACUGAAAGGUGUGAUGGAGAUGAUGGUGGCACUAUGUGGCUCAGAGCGCGAGAUGGACCAGCUGGUGGCCGUGGAGGCCCUCAUCCAUGCCUCCACCAAGCUCAGCCGUGCCACCUUCAUCAUCACCAAUGGAGUGUCACUGCUCAAACAGAUCUACAAGACCACCAAAAAUGAGAAGAUCAAGAUCCGCACACUGGUGGGACUCUGUAAGCUCGGCUCUGCAGGCGGCACAGACUACGGUCUCAGGCAGUUUGCGGAAGGGUCGACAGAAAAACUGGCCAAACAGUGUCGCAAGUGGCUGUGCAAUACUUCCAUCGACACCCGGACCCGGCGCUGGGCAGUGGAGGGCCUGGCCUACCUCACGCUGGACGCUGAUGUGAAGGACGACUUUGUCCAGGAUGUCCCUGCCCUGCAGGCCAUGUUUGAGCUGGCCAAGACCAGUGACAAGACCAUCCUGUACUCGGUGGCCACCACCCUGGUGAACUGCACCAACAGCUACGAUGUCAAGGAGGUCAUUCCAGAGCUUGUCCAGCUCGCCAAGUUCUCCAAGCAGCAUGUGCCCGAGGAACACCCCAAGGACAAGAAGGACUUUAUAGACAUGCGGGUGAAGCGGCUUCUGAAGGCGGGUGUCAUCUCUGCCCUGGCUUGCAUGGUGAAAGCAGACAGUGCCAUCCUCACUGACCAGACCAAGGAGCUGCUGGCCAGGGUAUUCCUGGCACUGUGUGACAACCCAAAGGACCGAGGCACCAUUGUGGCUCAAGGUGGUGGCAAGGCCCUGAUUCCCCUGGCUUUGGAGGGCACAGAUGUGGGCAAGGUGAAGGCAGCCCACGCUCUAGCAAAGAUUGCUGCUGUCUCCAAUCCGGACAUUGCUUUUCCUGGGGAGCGGGUGUAUGAGGUGGUGCGGCCCCUCGUAAGACUCUUGGACACACAGAGGGAUGGGCUUCAGAACUAUGAGGCUCUCCUAGGCCUCACCAACCUGUCUGGGCGGAGUGACAAACUCCGGCAGAAGAUCUUUAAGGAGAGGGCCUUGCCAGACAUCGAGAACUACAUGUUUGAGAAUCAUGAUCAACUGCGGCAGGCGGCCACCGAGUGCAUGUGCAACAUGGUGCUCCACAAGGAGGUACAGGAAAGAUUCUUGGCUGACGGGAAUGACCGGCUGAAGCUGGUGGUGCUGCUCUGUGGGGAGGAUGAUGAUAAGGUGCAGAAUGCGGCUGCAGGGGCUCUGGCCAUGCUGACAGCAGCACACAAGAAACUGUGCCUCAAGAUGACUCAAGUGACAACCCAGUGGUUGGAGAUCCUCCAGCGGCUUUGCCUGCAUGACCAGCUGUCUGUCCAACACCGGGGCCUGGUCAUCACCUACAACCUACUGGCAGCCGAUGCUGAGCUGGCCAAGAAGCUGGUGGAGAGUGAGCUGCUGGAGAUCCUGACUGUGGUGGGCAAACAGGAGCCAGAUGGGAAGAAGGCAGAAGUGGUUCAGACAGCCCGAGAAUGUCUCAUCAAGUGCAUGGAUUACGGCUUCAUUAAACCAGUGUCUUAGACAGGGACCCUCAGGGUUGCUGGGAGUGGUCCUGUACUGUGCAGAGUCCUGGGUUGGGUUCUCCUGGAGUGUCAGGUCAUCUAGGGAUCAUAGCAGUGCCAAUGAAGUCUCAACAUAAAGGAAAGACUUGACUGUUCUCUGAGUUGUGAAUCUUCUUUGUCCUGACAGAGUUUGGAUGUUUCACUCUCUCUCUUGCUUCCUGUCUCCUUACAUUCGUCAUGUUUCAGAAAUUCCCAGAAUAAUUUUCACCCACGAUUAGAAAUAGGUUGGAUCAUUCUUUCUGUGCCCAUUCUGAAGGCCAGGAUAAUAGGUUGAAGUUCUUUAUAUUUUGGAAAAUGGAUUUUGUGGUAAGGUAGGAACUAACGGGUGUGUGCAUAUAAAGGUUAAUGCUGUUGUAUUUGGAUGCUGAUCUGUGCUGUUUUCAUGUCCUCUCUCCCACACUAUUUGAAUCAGUCUGUUCAGAACUGUGUGUUUCACCUACAGUGCUCUGUCCCAGUCCCAUGCCCAUUCCCAUCAAAUUCACUGUGAUGGAAAUAGAGUUUAUGUUCAACAGUGGGACGUGACCUCUGCAAUUUUCUUGGGAAAGUCUUCCAAGCAAGAUGGACAUGAUGAAUACAAAUAAGAUCAACUCAAA